CGGUACCACAUUGUGUAUAUGGCUGUGGAAGACGAUAUUUGAGGUUUAUGGAUAUCGUAUGCAUACGACGAAGAAGAGGAUGUGCAGUAGCCUACGUGCAGUUUACGUGAGAUAAACGCCCACAAGGGAAAGUUGUUUACCCAAGGUCGAUGACGGUUUGAAGGAUCGUGCAGACUCGAGCGACUGGAUCGCCGAUUUUAUAACAUAGCCUGGGUGCAGCGAUUUAGAGUCGUACAGGUGACGUAACCUAAAGUCGAAGCACAAUGGUCCUGAACAGAAAGCUUGUUUCUACGGGUCACCAACUUCUACGCGGUGCCCUGACAACGCUGAACUCCUGCGGAAGACGGACACUAAUAAAAUAUGAGACUACGGUUCGUCCAAAAAGCAUCACAGAGCUUAUCGACGACCUCGGCGUGCACGUUGGAAGGAACCCAUCGUACAAGGGAGGAAUUGCAUCCCUCCAGUCGCUCAACAUCAAAAUGCCAACACAGGAAGAACUUCCACCUCGCAGCAUGCGGGAUAGUUACGACGAAGUUAUCCUGCCGUUAGCAUCAUCGGUGGAUUUCCAGAAAAGCCAUGUCGGUGCCAGAGGAGUUGUACGCUAUGGCAAGAUACUGGAAGAUAUGGAUGUCUUUGGAGUGUGGCUCAGUUACAGGCAUUUACUGUAUCCGGGUCUCAGUUUCGGAGUCCCUAUGCCAGUCAGCGUAGUGACCGCUCUCGUCGACAAUAUUCACGGCGGCCACAUCAACUUAACCAUGGAACACGACCUGAAGCUACGAGGGCACGUCUCUUGGGUUGGGAGGACAUCCAUCGAGUGCAGCAUGGAACUAAGCCAGCUGGAAGGAGACGAGCAAAAAAAAAUGCUGGACGCCAAGUUUGUCAUGGUGGCAAAGAAGGCAGGCUCAGCUGAUCCAGCCUUCGUGAACAAACUAAAACCACAUGGCCCUGAAGAGCAAGCGAUAUUUGACAGAGGAGUCGAAAACAUCAAGAGAAGGAAGGACUUCCAGGACAAGAGUGUCAUGAAAGUCCCACCAAGCGACGAGGAAAGGGUGAUCUUGCACAAUCUGUUCUUGGAGGACUUUGACCCUAAGACGUAUAUCCUAAAGUCAGAUGAGUGUCCAAAGGGUGCAAUUUUCAUGGAUGACGCUAAGCUAACGAAUGUUAUUAUCUGCCAGCCAGAGAGUGAAAACCUCUACAACAAAGUGUUUGGCGGGUUCUUGAUGCGAAGUGCCUUUGAGCUGGCCUGGGCAACAGCGUACAUUAUGAGUGGGAGGAGGCCGUGGAUCUAUCACACAGACGAUGUUUGGUUCAGGCGACCAGUGGAUGUGGGUUCACUACUGCAUUAUGAAGCGCAGGCAGUCUACACAGAGGACAACCUCAUGCAACUUAACGUGAAUGCUACAGUCAUUCAUGCAGACAAGGGGACAAAGGAAAUCACAAACGUGUUCCACUUCACAUUCAGACUCGAUGGCGACGAGCCUGCUCCUCGGGUCAUCCCAAGAACGUACCCAGAGACACUGCACUACAUUGAAGGAAGAAGAUACAUGAAGCUUGCAUGCAUUGCUGCAAAAGAGAAUCCUCUUGCUGGAAAAUAAUGGUGCCCAAGGGCAUGCCUCAACAGUGGAGACUGUGCUGCUGCACCAAAAAUUGAAUAAGAAUGCAAUCCAACUGUC